CAUAGAUGGCAAAACGCCUGGGGAAUCGUAGGGAAGAGGAAGCCAGCCGGCUCUCUGUCUGCCUGCUCCAACUUCCUGCACAGAAAGAGAAAAAGAAGCCAGGAUCCUAUUUCAGUCCAGCAGAGCCGUGUAGCCGAGCAAGACGGCAGCCAGUCAGCAUGGAAAAACAAGGGGUCAUACACAUUUCAUCAUAAACGUUUUCAAGGAGUGGAAGGAAAACAAGGCAAACAAGAGAUCGCAGGUAUGGACAGUGCCAUCACGUUGUGGCAGUUCCUGUUGCAGCUGUUGUUGGACCAGAGCCACAAGCACCUGAUCUGCUGGACGUCGAACGAUGGGGAGUUUAAACUGCUCAAGUCUGAGGAGGUGGCCAAGCUGUGGGGGCUCCGCAAGAACAAGACUAAUAUGAACUACGACAAGCUGAGCAGAGCUCUGAGAUACUACUAUGACAAGAACAUUAUCAAGAAGGUGAUCGGACAGAAGUUUGUCUACAAGUUUGUCUCGUUCCCGGAAAUCUUAAAGAUGGACCCAGCAGCAGUGGAGAUGGGCUUGGCUUCCGGUCGGGUGACGCUCCACGAAGACCAGGACAUCCAGGAUGUAGAGGAGGAGGAUGAAGAAGAGGAGGUACAGCAGCAGAGGAGGGCCCUGGGGGCGGCGUUGGGGGCGGCUGCGGCGGCCCAGCAGGCUGCGUGUCAUAACAAGUACUUCAGCUCUGGCCUCUACUCCUCCUUCAGCAUCAACAGCCUCCAUUCUCCUCCAGAGGAGCUGCUCCGGGCCCUGAGGGAGAGACAGCAGGACGAGGCCCGCUCCGGAGUCAUCCGAUUUGGGACAGGUACCACCGAGAGUACUCCACCCUCACCGUCCCUCAUCAACCCUGAGCCUUCAUCACAAUCCUUCAGCACCCACAGGCCAUCCAAAACCUCCCCUCUCCACCAUUACACCCACCACCAACACCAGCGCCACUCCCCGCCCUCCUCCUCCCCCCACAGCCAUAACCCCCAGCCAGGGCCAGGCCGAGGAGGCGAGGAGGAGGAGGACUCAGACCAGGGAGCCCAGCCUCUGAAUCUCUCUUCUGGGCAUAGAGAGAGAGAGCAGGCCCUGCAGCUUCCGGAGAAGAGGACCAGUGGUGGUAGUAGAGUUAGUGGUAGUAGUCAUGGAGACAGUUGUCAUGGACUCCCACCCAAAACCAAUAAGCCCAAAGCCCUAGAGAUCUCCGCCCCCUCCCUGCUCUUGACAGGAAGUGACAUCGCCUCGAUAGCCCUCAAUAGCCCCGCCCUACCGUCCGGAUCCCUCACCCACGCCUUCUUCACUGCACAGACUCCAUCUGGUCUGCUGCUGGGCCACAGCUCUCUGUUAUCAGGUGUCCACUUCUGGAGCAGCCUAAGUCCCGCAGCCCCUCUGAGCCCGGCCAGGCUUCAAGGACACGGAUCACUGUUUCAGUUCCCCAGUCUAAUGAAUGGACACCUCCCCCUGCCAAACUUGGACGGGUCCCCCUCACCCCUGCUCCUGUCCCCUGCCAAUCACAAGUCAUGAUUCAGGCUCUCAAAACCCAAUCCAGCCCAUUGGACCUACUGCCACGUGCAUCAGCAACUCUUCAUUGUGAAUUCCCAUCAGCCUUCACUUGAUAUUCUACCAAAUUUGCUUAUGAUUUGGAGUCUCAACCCACCCCUCCCCCCUCCUCCUCUGAACCCCUCUCCCCCAUUUUACCCCUCCAUGCAUCUCAACCCCCCCAUCCAUCUCACCCCCCUCUGAACCCACCUCCCCCAUCUCUAGAAGUAUAAUUGUGAUCAUCAUUGCAGAAUGUGAAACAUUGUUGUUUUCAUUGUAUGAUAUAUGAUUGUAUUGAAUGCACUAUGCUUUUCAAAUAGCGCCGGCUGUGCCUUUUGAAAAUGAAAAGACCAUUGACGUGUUUUUGCCCCCCCCCCCCCAAAAAAAAAUAUAUAUAUAUAUAUAUGAAGACGGGGUUCCAAAAUCAAUGAAAAAGCUUUGUAACACUUUGUAAUGUUUUUUUGUAAUGUUCUUUGUUUAUACUGGAGCGGAUCUAUACAGUAUAUAUUCUGUAUAAUGUUAUAUUGGUGAAAUCUUGUUUUGAAUAAAACUGAAGCAUUGAAUGCUGUUA